AAAGCCUUUCAUCUUUAAUAGUGCUUCGCUUAAGAUCAAAUUUAUUCCAGGGCAUCAUUCCAGAGCAAUUAUCAAAACUCUCCUCUCUUCAGAUCCUUGACCUUGCACACAACAACCUAUCAGGUUGCAUUCCUCAUUCUUUUGGAGAUUUCAAAGCCAUGGUAGUCACAAACCACACUCAAUGGUGGUCUUUGUUCUCUAUUUUGAGUGUUGCCGAGCCUUUAUUUCCCCCUGGCAGCGAUGGUGGUCAUAAUAGCUUUGCGUACUCAGAAUCUCUCUUAAUAAGUGCAAAGGGUCUUCAAAUGGAAUACUCUAAGGUUCUAUCAUUAGUCACAAGCAUAGACCUAUCAAACAAUAAGCUUUCCUGUGAGUUGCCUGAAGAAUUGACCAAACUGCAUGGACUGCAUUUCUUGAAUCUUGCUUACAACCAUUUCGAUGGAAAGAUAUCAGAAAACAUCAGUGAAAUGAAACAGCUGGAAUCCCUUGAUCUAUCAUGGAACAAUUUAAUUGGUACCAUCCCUUCAAGCAUAUCUACUUUGAACUUCUUGGCCCAUUUGAACCUUUCCCACAACAAUUUGUCAGGAAAAAUUCCAUCAGGCAGCCAACUUCAGACUUUCGAUUCAUCAGCCUAUAACUGGAAUCAUAAUCUUUGUGGAUCACCUCUUCAGGAUUGUGCUAAUGAGACACAUUAUUCCCAAGGUGCAAACGAGGAAGAAGGAAAAGGAGAAUGGUUAGAGAUGUUAUGGCUUUACGUAGGCCUUGCAAUGGGAUUCAUUACUGGCUUUUGGGUAAUCAUUGGCACCAUUAUUAUCAAGCAAACCAUAAGGAUUGCUUAUUUCAGAUCCAUUGACAAAGCAUAUGAUUUUCUAUAUGUGAAGAUGGUUAUGUACUCCCGGAGAUUCAAAUCAACUUUCUCAAAGAGGAACUAAGGAUGUUACUGCAACUAAGAGAAAUGAAUUUGAAGAUUACUUUUUGAAGCGGGAGUUGCUUAUGGGAAUAUAUGAGAAGGGAUUUGAAAGACCUUCACCCAUUCAAGAAGAAAGCAUUCCAAUUGCACUGACUGGGAGUGACAUACUUGCCAGGGCUAAAAAUGGGACUGGGAAGACAGCUGCAUUUUGCAUUCCUGCUCUAGAAAAAAUCGAUCAAGAUAACAAUGUUAUUCAAGUUGUCAUAUUGGUUCCCACAAGAGAAUUGACUCUCCAAACAUCUCAAGUAUGCAAAGAGUUGGGAAAGCAUUUAAAGAUUCAGGUCAUGGUUACCACUGGAGGAACUAGCUUGAAGGAUGACAUAAUGCGUUUAUAUCAGCCUGUUCAUUUACUUGUGGGAACACCAGGACGCAUUCUUGAUCUUGCAAGAAAAGGUGUUUGUGUAUUGAAGAAUUGCUCAAUGCUCAUUAUGGAUGAGGCAGACAAGCUUCUAUCGCUAGAAUUUCAACCUUCCAUUGAGCAGCUUAUUCAAUUUCUUCACCUACCCAUCGACAAGUUUUUAAUGUUUUCGAGCAACAUUUUCCUGUAG